AUGGCUUCCAUCCGCGUACUGUCGUUCGAUGCUGAGGGCCGCCCUGUGCGGUUCACCGCUUGGCUAGAUGACCUGCAGCUGUUCCUCCUGAGCGAUAGCAAGGAGCAUGUGUCGCUCUAUGAUUACGCGUCUGGUGCUGCGCCUGCCCCUCCUGCCACAGCUGAGCUUAGUGUUCGUUCCCACUGGCAGACUCGUGACGCAGCUGCUCGCCUAGCCAUUCGCAGUCACCUGCCGUUAGCUGAGCUAGAGCAUUUUGGCGACUGCAAAUCCGCUAAGGCCCUGUACGACGCUGUCGUCGCUCGCUACUCCUCGCCUGCCACAGCCGAGCUUAGCCGCCUCAUGCUGCCGUACCUGUUCCCCGAUCUGUCCACCUUUACUACAGUCGCCGAUCUUAUCACCCACCUUCGCACUAGUGAUGCUCGCCUGCGUGCCGCUCUUCCCACCGAGUUCUGCGCUAAGAACCCCCCUCCACUGUACUGGACACUCCACUUCAUAGUCACCCGUCUCCCUGACACCCUCCGCUCAGUUCGAGACCACUUCCUUGCUCGCUGUCCCACUGAGCUCACAGUCGCCCUCCUAGAGGAGCACCUGCUCGCGGCCGAAAAGAGCAUUGUAGCUGUCGGUGCUGCUCGUGGCGCUCCUCGCACCCCCAUCUUUGAGGGGUGUUCUCCCUCUCCCCUCGCUCCCUCCUACGCUGCUGCUGCUGCUGUUGACUUCCUUGGUGCUGAGUCUGUUGGCGCUGCUUCUACUCCUGGUGGGAGGCGCCGCACCGGCAAGGGCAAGGGGGGCAAAAGUGGUGGUGGUGGCGCUGGGGGGGGAGGAGGUGGGGGAGGUGGGGGGGGAGGCGGUGCUGGAGGGAGCGGUGGCGGGAGCGCUGGUGGGAGUGGGGUCGGUGGUGGAGACGGGGGCGGCGGAGGAAGCAGUGGCAGUAGUGGCGGCGGCGGCGGUGGCGGCGGUGGCGGUGGUGGCGGUGGUGGCGGUGGCGGUCGGAGCGGUGGCAGUGGUGGCGGCGGAGGUCGGAGUGGAGGCACUGGCUCGGGCCAGAGCUCCCAGCAGCAGCAGCGUCCCCAGACGACCCAGCAGCUUCGUGAGUGGCUUGCUCAGCGUGGGACGUCGGGGGCCAGUGCCCGCUGUUCUUAUGUCAUUCGCACAGGUGACCGCAAGGGACAGACGUGUGGGAGGUUCCACACCCCGUACCGCUGCUUCUCCCGCCUUGACGACGCUUGGCGUGAGGAGAUGGGUGCGGAUGUUGAGCGCCCCCGCUGGGCUGAGCUCAUGAGGGCUGGUGUUGAUGUCUUUGCUCUUGACUAUGAUGCUAUUAUUGCUGCCAUGUAUGCAUUGACUGUUAGUGCCGAGGGAGACUGUUACUUGUGUGUGCCGCCUGACCCAGGUAUAGAGCCUGCUGCCCUGGGUACUAGUGAGUCUGCUCUCUCUGGUAUGGUGCCCCCUGUACCUGCUCCCCCCAGUGCUGUCCCGGCUGGUUUCGAGUCUGCUCUCUCAGGUACAGCACCCACACAGACUCCUCUCUCAGGUACCGCACCGGCUGAGGCCUGUCACACCUUCACCCUUGACUCAGUCCUUGCCCAGUCCACCACUGUCCUCCCUUGUCCGGCGGUUCCGUCUGGCUCGUUGUCGGGUUUCCACCUCCCCUCGUUCUCGACGAACCUGGUGAGCAACGCUGUCCUCCAGGAUCAGUGGGUUGACACCUUUACCCCUGGCGGACAGCGUGUGGCGAUCUGCACGUGCUCCAGGACCGGCCGUCACCUGGCUACGUUCACCCGUCGGCCGGGGUCGAGUCUCUACACACUGACCACUGCGUCUCCCCAGGUAGCUGCUGUCGACUCUUCUCUGGCACCACCGCCUGGGUCACCCCUCCUUGCCACGCCUUCGUGGCAUGCACCGUCGCCUCCUUGUGUCCGGUCUUCCCAGGUCCCUCCCUCCCCUCCCUGCCUCGCCUGCGCUGCCUUGCCUUCCUUGCGUCGAGGGGCGGCAGCGUGCCGCUCCUCACUCCUCCUCGUUCCCCCCGACAGAGGCUCCUCUGGAGACCCUCCACCUGGACGUGUGGGGCCCAGCCCGCGUUCGUGGUCAGGGCGGUACUUUUUGCUGGUUGUCGACGACUACUCGCGUUACACCACGGUCUUCCCCUUGCGCACCAAGGGUGAGGUCCCUGCUGUUCUGAUCCCUUGGAUCCGCACGGUUCGUCUCCAGCUCCGCCGCCGUUUCCGGACGGAUCUUCCUGUCCUACGUCUGCACUCUGACAGAGGUGGUGAGUUUUCCUCCGAUCUCUUGAGGACCUUCUGUCAGGCGGAGGGCAUCGAGCAGACCUUCACGCUUCCGGACUCCCCACAGCAGAAUGGGGUUGCUGAGCGUCGCAUUGGCCUGGUCAUGGAGGUCGCUCGUACCUCCUUGGUCCACGCGGCGGCUCCCCAUUUUCUGUGGCCGUUUGCUGUCCGGUACGCCGCGCAUCAGCUCAACCUCUGGCCCCGUGUCUCCUUGCCGGAGACCUCGCCCACACUGCGUUGGACGGGGGAGGUUGGCGAUGCGUCGCGCUUCCGGGUGUGGGGUGCUCGUGCCCUUGUCCGCGAUACGUCUGCGGACAAGCUCUCCUCCCGCACGCUUCCCUGUGUCUUCCUUGGCUUUGUCCCUGACGCGCCUGGCUGGCAGUUUUACCACCCCACCUCGCGCCGGGUCUUCGCCUCUCAGGAUGUCACCUUUGACGAGUCGGUGUCUCUCAGGUAG